CGCGAACGUACUCGGCACACGCGGUUCCAGUUCGUCCGCGCCAACAUCGUAGCAACGCACGCGUUCCGUCUUCCGCACCGUCAAAGGGAUCGUGCGCGCAUACGGGACGAGUAUCAUCAACGGUAGUGCAGUAACACGCCUAUGAUCACGAUGAUGUCACCGUCCGCCCGUCGGCCGCUGCUGCUGUUGUUGUUGGUGUGCGCGGACAGUUGCGUGCGCGGGACGUCGGUGGCCGUCGGGCCGCACGGUCGCGGCCAACGCUCGUCCGGCCACGGGUUCCAGUACGGCGGCCAGCAGCUGCAGUCGUACCAGUCGUCCGAUUACACCAGCGGCGACCAACACCAGCUGCAGCUGCCGUCCGGGUUCGGCGACGAACAACACCAGCAGCUACCGUCCGGGUUCGGUGACGAGCACCGUCAGUCCGGUUACGGUGAACAGCAACAGCAGUCCGGUUACGGUGAACAGCAACAGCAGUCCGGUUACGGUGAACAGCAACAGCAGUCCGGUUACGGUGAACAGCAACAGCAGUCCGGGUACGGUGAACAGCAACAGCAGUACUACCUGCAGCAGCAGCAGCACUACAACCACGAGCAGCCCAAGGUGUCGAUCAUCGAGAAAAAAGUCCCUGUGCCGGUGCACGUCGAGGUGGAGAAACCGGUACGUUACGUGGUGCAGGUGCCGGUUGAUAAGCCGCGCGCCGUGCAAAUACCCAAACCGUACCCGGUCAAGGUGGAGAAGAAGGUGCCGUACCCGGUCAAGGUGUACGAGCCGCAGCCGUACCCGGUGGAGAAAAAGGUGCCGGUGCCCGUCAAGGUGCCGUACGACCGGCCGGUUCCCGUGCACGUGGACCAACCGUACCCGGUGUACAAGGAGAAGGUGGUCCGGUAUCCGGUGUACAAGCAGGUGCGCGUGCCGGUCAAGGUGCCGUACGACAGGCCGGUGCCCGUGCACGUGCCCGUCAUCAAGAAGAUCCCGUUCCCGGUGGACAAGCCCGUGCCCGUGCCCGUCAAGGUGCCGUACGACAGGCCGGUGCCGUACAACGUGUACAAGAACGUGCCGGUGCCGUACGAGAAGCCCGUGCCGUACCCGGUUGAAAAAAAGGUGCCGUUCCCGGUCCGCGUGCCCGUACACGUACCCGUCCACGUGCCCUACAAGUACGAACCCCAUCACCACAAGCACGAGCAGUCGCAGUACAAACCGGAACAGUCGCAGUACAAGCACGAGCAGCCGCAGCAGUACGGGCACGAGCAGCCGCAGUACAAGUACGAGCAGCCCGAGAAGUUCACGCAACAAGACGCGAUCGUAGGUUUCGGUGAACAUCACAAUCAGCCCCAGCAGCAGUACGGUGACGAGUCCGUGGUGUACGGCCACCAACAGCAACACCAUAGUUCCUUCCCGGAUUUCGGUCUGCACCACGGCCAUUCGUUUUGAACGCGGUGACAUUUCCAGCGCGGAGACGUGCACCAAACCUAACCACCUAUGAUGCCUAAUGGGUUUUUUGUUUUUUCUACCUUCAUUAUGCUCGUUUGUUAUACCUAUUAUAUAUAUAUAUAUAUUACCUA